AUGUCAUAUACAGCUACUAAUCAACCAGUGAGAGCUCCACCAUUAAAUAGUGAUUAUGAAUUAAUUGAUGGAGAUCCAUAUUUCACUAGAGUUGUUUCAUAUUUCCGAUUUUCCGAUUAUGUAAAUUGGGCUGUCAUUACGGCAUCAUUCCCACUUGGGAUGAAAUUAUGGGAAAAAAUUGUUCCUAGUCAAGGUAAAGGAUUAAAACCAAGUGUAGUUAAUCCAGUUACAUUAAGAGUAUCUACAUUACUUGGAUUUUUCGGAGGAUUUUGUUUAAAUUAUGUUAAAUCAAGUCAAAGAUUCCUUGGUUGGAGAGAAAAUUCUAGAGAAGUUAAAUUAGAUCGAUUUGAAAUUAAACAAAAAUUAAGUCAAGGAGUUUUACCUUAUAAUGAACAUUUAAGUAAAUUAGAUGAUAGAAAUAAAGAUAUUUCUAAUAGAAAUUCUCAAUAUAGUCAUGCUUUAUUAUUUGUUAUUCCUUGGUUUAAUACUACUUAUCAUCCUUAUCAUCAAGUGGAUUUGAAAAAAUAUUAUAUUAAUAGAGAAGGUGAAGAAAAUUGGGGGUUUGAAUUAAAACCAUUAGAUGAAAUAUAUGCUAAAUAUGGUAAGAAAUUCUAA